CUAAUGUAUUCGUUUCCUUUGGCUGUUCCGCUUGGCUUGUCCAUGUCUUGUUAUUAACUAACUAACUAGCUAGCUAACGUACGUAGCUGAAGUGAUACCGUUUUUGUCUCGUUCUUUGUGCAACACUAUGUGUAACGUUCGCUGGUUAGUCAACCUCAAAAAUGGCUUAAUUAAUGUCAAAAUGAGUUAGCUCUCAGUUUAUUUAUCUAAUGAACAUAACAAAAAAUGAGCCCUUAUGCCGUGACAUUGUGAAUUCGCAAUGCCGUGACCCGGAUUCGAACCGGGGUUGCUGCGGCCACAACGCAGAGUACUAACCACUAUACGAUCACGGCGAGCUACCGGGGCCGUGUGUGAGGAGGGGAUAUUGAGCUACUCAAACGUGCACAUAUUGCCACGCAGUGACGUGUACACGCUAGUUAAGCGGGUUCUCUUUUUUUCUUCUUCAAAGGCUCGUUCACGGAUGUGUAGGAACCGGUAUAAUUUGCUCGUUUUUGUUAAUUAGCCGGUUCAAAUCAAUCAAUGGGAUUUUGAAAGAUUAGGAUGAACAGUUUCGGAGUCCGCAGUAUGUAUGUAUGAGAUGGGAUGUAUAAUCAUUAUGACAGUAACGUUUUUUGUCGAUACUAUAUAUAGUAUAUCUAAAGAAUACGUGGAUAUAAUAGUAUAUGUAACAUUACAGCAAUAGUGGAAUAGGAUGGCUUUGACUAGAACACAGUGUAUAUUCAUAUGAAACGGGUACAACAAUAUGUAAACAUUACAUUGACCAGGGCUGCAGUCUCUACGGUGCAGGGUUGAGUAACCGGCUAGUGACAGUGGCUAAGUUUAGCUAAACAAACAUUUUGUUUUUAACCAGACCUAUAGUUAUCUAGGAGGGGAGAAAAAAAAUGACCCAUUUGCCGUGACAUUGUGUAUCGCAAUGCCGUGACCCGGAUUCGAACCGGGGUUGCUGCGGCCACAACGCAGAGUACUAACCACUAUACGAUCACGGCGAGCUACCAGGGCUAUGCGUUCAGGAGGAAGAAUUAGGUUUUUAACUGAAGCCUGCAGUGACGUGGACAAGCGCAGCCAUUUCAUUUGCUUUAGGCUGUGCAUGCAGGAGGAUACUCCAGAGCUGUGAUAAUGAAUGGAAAACUCAUCCCUCAUACUCCACUGGCUGUGGACUUCUGGCAGGUCAGGAAGUGUCCGCAUGUCCGCCUGUUCUUCCUGUCCCAUAUGCACAGUGACCAUACUGUGAGCCUGACCUCGACCUGGGCCAACAGACCCAUCUACUGUUCACCGGUUACUGCCACGCUGCUCAAACUCAAACUACAGGUCAGAGAGAGAUGGAUCCAUCCUCUGGAGUUGGGGGAACCCAACAUAUUGCCUCUGGAUGGUAUAGGCAAGGAGAGGUUGACCGUCACUCUCAUGGAUGCUAACCACUGUCCAGGGGCGGUCAUGUUCCUGUUCCAAGGAUACUUUGGCACCAUACUCUACACUGGAGAUUUCCGCUACACCCCGUCCAUGCUGCGUGAGCCGUGUCUAAGGACCAACACCACUAUAGAUGUCCUGUAUCUGGACAACACUAACUGUGACCCCACACGCACCCUGCCCUCCAGGCAACGAGCCACUCAGCAGAUCAAAGAGAUCAUCCGUAGCCAGCCCAAGCACAAUGUUGUCAUUGGCCUCUACACUCUGGGUAAGGAGUCUCUAUUGGUACAGCUGGCCAUGGAGUUUAAGACCUGGGUUGAAGUGUCCAUCGAGAGACUAAAGACUCUCAGAGCCCUGGAGCUACCAGAUGUCUUCACCACUGAGCCAGGAGCGGGUCGGAUCAGGGCCGUGGACCAGUCAGAGAUCCGCUCCACCAACCUCCUCCGUUGGAACAGGGAACACCCCACCUUGGCCAUCCUGCCCACCAGCAGACCCCUGGUCUCCUUCCACCCUAACGUCUACGUGGUGCCUUACUCUGACCACUCCUCCUACCAGGAACUGGAGGACUUUGUCUCGGCCCUGCAGCCCACCUCCCUGGUCCCCAUCGUGGGCAGGCUAACCUCUGGCAUCCCCUCCUUCUCUGCCCUGCUGCCUAGGAGAAAACACCACGAAGUCCUGGUUCCCGAGUCAGUCCGGCACUACAUGAAGGGCCGGCCUGAGUUGCCGGUUCAAGACCCUGGUCAGUCCAGCUUCCCGGGUUACAGUAACCUGCUGCGGAGGCCUAUCCGACCCCCUCCACCCAGAGGGGUGGUGUUUGAGUCCCCCCCUAAGGCCCCCUCCAGAGACUCCAGGCCUGGGUCGGUGGUGGACGAAGCCUGGGAGACAGGGUCCAUGGAGCAUCCUCAUCAGGAGGAAGAGAUGGACACAGAGAUGGAUGCAGAUAAAGAUGGAGAAGAUUCAGACUGUAUACUGAUGGAUCUGAGUAAAGACCACAGCCCUACCAAAGACAUAGGGCCCAGAUCCAGCCCCAGCCUGACCAGAGACCCCAACCCCAGCCUGACCAGAGACCCCAACCCCAGCCUGACCAGAGACCCCAACCCCAGCCUGACCAGAGACCCCAACCCCAGCCUGACCAGAGACCCCAACCCCAGCCUGACCAGAGACCCCAACCCCAGCCUGACCAGAGACCCCAACCCCAGCCUGACCAGAGACCCCAACCCCAGCCUGACCAGAGACCCCAACCCCAGCCUGACCAGAGACCCUAACCCCAGCCUCAGCAGAGACCCCAAUCACAGCAUCAGUAGAGACAGAGCCCCAUGGAGCCUGAAUCUGGUCCACAGGGUCUCAGAGAACCUGGAUUUGGAGGAGAGUAUCCCUUUCAGUCAAUUCACCCAGAGUAACUUCACACCCAUGGAGGUCCUGAGAAACACUGCAAUUUCACUGAGGCCCAGAACUGACCUAUAUGUCAGACAGAGGAAUGCCCGAAAAACUGCCAAGGACUCCAGCCACCAAAGGCCAUAG